AUGACUAGAAACAAAGUGAACAAUGCUUUCUUUGAAGAUGAUAGUAAAAGAAAAUUUUCAUAUAAUAAAAGACUGAAAGGGCUCUUGAAAAAAUCUGACGAACUGAAAACACUUUGUGAUGUUGAAGUGGCUACAGUCAUAUACGGUCCUUACAGAAACGAACCAUAUACAUUUCCAAAUAAUGAUGUUGUACGCAACACUUUUAUAAAAUUUAAGGAGUUGCCGACAUUGGAUAGAUCUAAAAACAUGGUGACAAGAGAAGAGUUCACCAUGAAAAGGAUCAAGAAGUUGGAGGAACAACUUCAAAAGGUAAGAAAGGAAAAUAGGGUCAAGGAAAUGACAAAUGAAAUGGAUGAGAUGUUCGAGAAAAAAACUAUUUCUGUUGACAUGAACCCUUUCUAUCUCAACGACCUACGUUGUGUAAUCAAGAAGAAUCUCAAACAAGUACGUGAACUAAUGAUAAAAGAGGCUAAUGGAGAGGGUUCUACAUCGAAUGCCCCUCAACCCAUUGUUGAACCAAUGGUACCUAGCAGGAACAACUCUGAAGGACAAACGAAUCCUUCUCCUCUAUUGUUUUCACAAAUGUUUCCUCCAAUGGUUCCACAAUUAUUUUCUCCAAUGCCUCAACACAUGGUUGUUGGAAAAACACCUGGACUGACCCAUCCAAUGCCUUCAACAAUAAUGGAUUCUCUGAUUCCUUCACCAACGAUGGAUUCUCUAAUGCCUUCACCAAUGAUUGAUUCUCCGAUGCCUUCAUUAGUGAUGGCUCCUCCAAUGUAUUCUCCAGUGUCUCCUACAAUGAACCAGCAAAUGGAACUUUCAAUGGAUAUCCCUUCAAUUGUACAGGUUGCUGUAAAGCCUCUAUUUAGAAAAGGCCUCGAUAUUCCUAUUUGUGUCAUCCUUAGAGAUGGCAGGUUUUUGAAUUUUGAUGACUCUAUGUUAGGAGUUUUGCAGAGCAAUCUUGCUGAUGGGCCAGUUUACUUUAAUUGUUAUCCUAACUUCUCUGUUGACAUUAAUGAUCCUAAUGUCAUGGACUGA